GCAAAGAAAUUUACGUUAAUUCUAUUCAUCCAGGGUUUGUUGAAACCAAAUUAUUAAGAGAACCAAUCAGUAGUUAUGGAUUCAUUACCAAAGUGCUCAGAACUGUUGCUUCUACUUUAUUUGCAUUAUCACCUGAUGAUGAAGCUUUAACACAAUUAUAUGCUACUACAAGACCCAAAAUU